GAUCCCUUAACACAGCAAUCUCUUUCCGUUAGAAGCCACCUUAUGGAACUCCCUCCUCCAGGAAUGAUGCAGUCCUUUCCCUCUCCACCUUGCAGUCCCCCUCCUGUUCCCGGGCCGCAGAAGCCAUGGCUUCGCAGACUGGCCGAGGGUUGCGAGGUCGGCGACAGGAGACGGUGGUACUGGAGGCGCUGAGACGGACUGGGCGCUGCUGCCAGAGUAGAGACAGCGGCUCCUGGCCCGCUAGCCGGGCCACCGGCUGUGCUGUGGCCGAGGCACCCGAGACUGACUCCGAGGAGGAGCCGGCCACCCUGGUGGCUCAGGGCGAUCUGCCUCCGCUCGUGGUGGUUCGCGAACCAGAGUGGGCGGAAGAAGAGGCCCUUCGCGCGUCUUAUGCUCCCCGCCCGCCUGGCUCCCGCCAAGGCAGCACCGCUGGCGUGAGAGCCAGGGCCUCGCCUGGGCCACAGCGAGCCGGCCAUGGGCUCACUGCGAGCCGGGCUCGACGUACGCUUAUAGCCUGCUUAGCCGCAGAGCUGCAGUCAGGCUGCAGCAUCCGCCUGGCCCGGAGCGACCUGUGUGCCUUGGCCGAGCGCCUGGACAUUGUGGCCAGCUGCCGCCUGCUGCCUGACAUCCGGGCCCCGGCUGAGCCGGGCCCCAGCCCCCAGGCUUAGCGGAGCCGAGGCCUCA